CGCCGGGCUGUUUGUGGCGCUUAUUGCCUUCUGGGAAUCUCGAGGUUCAGUGGCUGGGUAAAAUGGCGGAAGCUGCGGAGCUGGUGUGGCUUCGUGGCCCUGCCUUCGGGUGCAAGGCGUUGCGCGUUACCUCGACCCUGUGCUCCGUACGGGAUUUUAUCCACCGGCACUGCCAAGAUCAGGUUGUUCCAUUGGAAUACUUCUUUGUGAAAUGCAACGGAUUACUCGUUAAUGCCAGUGACACAGUGCAGCAUGGAGCUGUUUAUAGUUUGGAGCCCAGACUUCGUGGUGGAAAAGGAGGUUUUGGCUCUAUGCUCCGAGCACUUGGUGCUCAGAUUGAGAAGACAACCAACCGAGAAGCUUGCCGGGAUCUCAGUGGAAGGAGACUCCGAGAUGUCAAUCAUGAAAAAGCGAUGGCUGAAUGGGUAAAACAACAAGCUGAGCGAGAAGCUGAAAAAGAGCAGAAGCGCCUGGAACGGCUGCAGCGGAAGCUCGCAGAGCCCAGGCACUGCUUCACCAGCCCCGACUACCAGCAGCAGUGCCAUGAGAUGGCCGAGCGCCUGGAGGAUUCUGUCCUCAAAGGUAUGCAGGCUGCCUCCAGUAAGGUGGUAUCAGCAGAAAUUGGUGAGCAUCGGAAACGGCCUUACAAAUCCAAAACAGACAGGGGAGCCAGUGCAGGGAAAAGGAAAUGCUUUUGGUUGGGCAUGGACGGACUGGAGACUGCAGAGGGGUCGAGCUCUGAGAGCUCCGAUGAGGACAGUGAAGAAGCACCUGGUUCUUCAGGAGUGAGCUUUCCUGUUCCCCCACAUGGCAGUGAUGGUGUUGCAAUGGCAGCCAAACUUCCUAGUAGUUCUCAGCAGGCCAGAGUAUUAGUGAGUACAGACCCCAGGUCAUCAGAAAAACUGCCGACCCCCGUGACUGACUCCGGGAGGAUUUCAGAAGACUUGUGUGCUGAGCUGGGAGAGGCCUCCACUGAGGAGGAGCACGUGGAAAGGAAGACGGCUGCAGAAAUAGAGAACACCCAGGAGCAAAAGGAGACAGAGACUGAAGAACCCAGAGAAAAGGAAGCAGCUGGAGUUGGAGUGAAUAAGGAGCAAGAGACACAAGGAAUGGCUGAUGGGGAAGGAGCUGCUGUGGGAGCAUCUGGAGGAGAUGGGGGAGAUGUACCUGUUGCCAGACGGGAGGAAAGCCAGGCAGAAAGCACAGAUUUUGGUCAGGAAACUAUAGAUUUGCUGGCAUUCAACUCAGUUGCAGAUUUGGAGUUGCUGGGUUUGGAGAAGCUCAAGUGUGAACUCAUGGCCUUGGGGCUGAAGUGUGGGGGGACACUCCACGAGCGGGCGGCAAGGCUCUUCUCCGUCAGAGGUCUGGCCAGGGAGCAAAUAGACCCAGCUUUAUUUGCCAAGCCUUCGAAAGGGAAGAAGAAGUGAAUUUCAUCAGCACUGUUUCCUGUUUAUUUCUGGUCUGGCACUUGUACCCUGCAUAAUGUUUACUCUUGGACAUUAUUCCUGUUGCCAUUAAAGGUGACUUUUUAAUAACCCAGUUUAACUACCCUCUUUUUCAUUAUUAGAUAUGUAGAACUAAUAUGUGAAACCAUCUGGGCCUGAAGUUUUCUUUGUGGGAAGAUUUCUUAUAACUAGUUUCUUUAAUAAAUGUAAGGCUAUUCAGAGUUUGGA